GUAAGCAUCUCAUUAUUAUUUUGUACUUUUGCUCACCAAAUAUUCUCACGAUUUAUUUCAUUCUUCUCUCUAUAAAAAUACUAUGUAGAAUUGCAGAUUCUCCUUUUAAAAAUGGACGCAGGUCCCUCCCGAAAGAGAUUGCGGCGUAGUACACGAAGCUGCUAUCAAUGUAGAAAGCGCAAGGUCAAAUGCCAGCUCAUUGACGAGAAGGUUGAUACUUGUGCUGAAUGCGUAAAGAGCGGUACUCUAUGUACUGUUCAACCGCCUGGAUCAGAGUUGGGCAGUGAAGACUCUCGUGUUGCUGCUAAUAGGGAAAAUGGACAAGAAGCAAGACUGGAGCGCAUCGAAUCUCUCUUGAAGAAGUUGGUUGAAACGCAAGAACAAUCUAAACCAGCUGGAGCUACGUCCGAAUGCGAUCCCACAGUUCCAGACUCUCUCUGGAAUGAUUUUUUGUUCCAAUCGACGGUUGAUGAUACUCUUCCUCUUAUCGACGAUAAUAGCUUUGACGUUCUUCAACCAGAAAACGUAGCGGAUGAGAAGCAGCCUCUUAUAGCACUUCUACCAUCUGCACAAGAUGCGGCUACUAUAUCAACAAACAGUACUGCUUGGCUGUGGGGAGCAGAAACGCCCCUUGGGAGUGUCCUCAGACCCAAUGACACCCUUCAACUAUUAGACACAGCUGCUAUUUCAAGCGGCAGUGCCAUGCACAUUGCCAAAAUAUUGCUAUUAUUCGCCCUGUAUAUACAACCACUCCCCUCGCAUUUCGAUGCUCAAUUUUUAGGACCACAAACCACCGAAGAGAUCAUUAAAUUGAUUGUAGACCGAGUCAGGUUAUUCGCCCUCUCCCACGAAGACGAGGCUUCUUCGUUGGACGGUAUAGAAUGUCUAACCCUGCUAAGUUCUAUUUAUCUUAACGAUGGCGCGAUCCGAAAAGCAUGGAUGGUAUUUAGAAGAGUUCUGGACAUUGCCAGAUUAAAGGGGUUCCAAAACAGCUUCUCCUUUUCCGCUCGAAACUCGUCUCGUAGCGAUAUAGCCCUCCAGCGGCGCCUGUGGCUCUCGGCCGUCUGUGGCGAUUGCUACUGCAGUCUUCUCCUCGGUCUUGAGCCUGCACUUGGUAUUGCACCCUUCGGGCCUGACGACGAGACCUGGGUGGAUCCGCUGGCUGAUGAGAAUGCCAAUGUCCAACGCUGUAUUUGCCUAAUCGUGUCACGCAUUGCGCAGAGGAAUGCCGUCGGUAUUGGUGGAGAUCGCAGUAUUCUUCGGGAUAUAGACGAAGCCCUAAGUAGAUUACAGAAUUCGAUGUCUGCUUCCUGGUGGAAGGCACCGUCGUUUCGUCAAGAUCGAUCUCUGGAUUCGGCCAAGGAGCCAAACCGUCUUAUAUGCCAACUGUGGUUUUAUCAAGCUCGAAUAUUUGCGCACUUGCCCAUCGCUUUUGGAAAAGAUUUGAACGCUUCGCUUGACAGCCUUGAGAGCUGUAUAGAAGCAUCUAGAUUUACAAUACAUCGAUAUCUUGGAUUGCAACAUGCUAAAGAUCAACUAUCUCGGUGCAAAACUGUUGAGCAAUCGGCUUUCAUUGCUGCAGUAGUCCUUCUCCUCGCUAAAGUCCAGCUCCAAUAUCGUAAAGAAAAUGCAUCGGCUUUUAAAUACGAUUCAGACCGGGCUCUUAUUGAGCAAGUCAUUAGCUCUUUCGAAGCCUCUGGAGAAGUGGGAAGUAGGGAAUACGUCGCAAGGCAGAGUUACGAGAUUCUGUCCGCCAUGCUAGAUGUAACCACCGAUCCAGAAAAUACCGUACACAUAACGAGUUGCCCUGAUCCCAACUCUAUGCUUGGAAUACCCGGUGAUGGCGACACCAACGAAGCCAUUAAAAAUACUCGUAGCGUGACUAAGUCUGGGAUGGAGGAUAUUAUUGCGUCUUCGAUUCAGACAGCGCUCAACGCAGAUGGUCCAGCCUCGCGCCUAGUCAAACUAGUAUUUGCAACGAAGGCAUCAAACUUUAGCACACCGGGACUCCUUCACUAGUUACCACGUCAGUGAUAUCCUAUGGGUAAUUUAACAGAUCUAAAGGAUCCUUCAAUAAUAUAAGAAAAAUACAAUAACAAGCACCUGGCCUAUUCUAGC